AAACGUAUUUUUUUAAAACUUUCAAAAAUUCGCCCCAAAAUAUUCGGCAAGUGCUUAUAAAUUUUCAAUGUCUUCGUUUACGAGGGAGUUGUGUGAUCUUUGCCGGCGAAUCAAGAUUCGGGUUAAGCACAGGAUCUCCGAGUUGAAUGCUAAGAAGGACGGUCUAAAUCGUUAUUCACAUAACUCGUACGGUAUGCAAACCAUCAAGUGCGUGGUCGUUGGAGAUGGCGCUGUGGGCAAGACGUGCCUGCUGAUAUCGUACACAACCAACAAAUUUCCAUCAGAAUAUGUGCCAACUGUAUUUGACAAUUAUGCGGUGACAGUGAUGAUCGGCGGCGAGCCGUAUACGCUGGGACUAUUCGAUACAGCUGGUCAGGAGGAUUACGAUCGAUUGCGUCCGCUGUCCUAUCCGCAAACGGAUGUGUUUCUCGUCUGCUUCUCGGUGGUCAGUCCCAGUUCAUUUGAGAACGUCAAGGAGAAGUGGGUGCCGGAGAUAACGCACCAUUGUCAGAAGACGCCGUUCCUGCUGGUGGGCACACAAAUUGAUUUGCGCGACGAGACAAGCACAUUGGAGAAACUGGCCAAGAAUAAGCAAAAGCCAAUCACAUCCGAGCAGGGCGAAAAACUGGCCAAGGAGCUGAAGGCGGUCAAAUAUGUCGAGUGCUCGGCCCUAACACAGAAGGGCCUGAAAAAUGUCUUCGAUGAGGCCAUAUUGGCCGCCCUGGAGCCGCCAGAGCCAUCCAAGAAGAGGAAAUGCAAAUUCCUCUAAUUAUUUUUGUUUCUUUGUUGUUUUUCGGUUGUUUUUUUUUUUCUGCAUCGCUCCCAACAACAAAAAUUAAUGCAGCCACCCCCCCCCCCCCUCCCCCCUUCCCCCCACACAAAUACUAUAUAUAACUAUACACGAUAUAUGUAUGUAUAAAUUUGCUGUCAUAUUCUUUUUAAAUUGUUCUCUCAAUCUAUACACGCUUUUAAUGUCCAACCCCCCGCCCGCCCGGCCGCUCCGAGCCCCGCCUACUCCCAGUGCGGUCCGGCCCCAAGCAAAAGCGAAAUUCUUUUGCCAAACCUUAAAUUAACAAAUUGGCAUUAAUUUGUAUUUAAUUUGAUUUUAAUUUGAAAUGUAAUUUCUACAUUUUUGCAAAUCAAAAUUCCGCUUGCGCCCCGAGA